AUGAGGGACGUCGCAAAAUAUCUGAGCUCCAAGCAAAAUACUGUAGAUCAAGAACUAGCAGCAGAAUGGGCUAAGCUGGAAAGCCUUUACAACAAGAAACUAUGGCAUCAGCUUACCAUCGAAAUGCUCGAUUUCGUCAAGCAUCCGAGCUUACAGUCAAAUAACGAACUUGUACAGCUUUACGAAAAUUUCGUGGCCGACUUUGAGAACAAAAUUAAUCUUCUCUCUCUUACGGAGAUGUGUGCUGUGAUUGUGAAGCAAAUGGGAACUCCUGAAGACCGUUUGUCCUUCCUUAAGCAGCUUCAAGAAAAAGUCAAGGCAAAUAAAGAAGCAUUGGCACUUUGUAAAGUUCUAAGUGGAGGCAUAAUCUUACAUGAAAAAGGAGACCAGGCUGAAACUAAGAAUAUCAUGGAAGAAAUUGAAAAAAUUCUUGAUGAUACAGAUGGAAUAACUCCUGUACAUGGCAGAUAUUACUCACUUUGCAGCGAUUUCUACCGUAUUUAUGGGAAACAUGCUGACUUUUACCGUGCAUCUCUGAGGUAUCUGGGUUGUAUCGAACUUACAAGUUUAAGUGCUGCAGAACAGAAAAGUCAAGCCUUUCAUCUUGGAAUUGCUGCCUUACUUGGAGAGGGAAUUUACAAUCUUGGGGAAUUGCUGGCACAUCCUGUCUUGGAAUCACUGAAAAACCAGGAAGAAAGCUGGCUGGUGGACUUGUUAUUCAUAAUGAAUGCUGGUGACAUUGCAGGUUUUCACAAACUAAGACCAAGAUGGUCAUCGCAAGCAGAUCUCGUCACAAAUGAACGUAUUGUGUUGCAGAAGAUUACGCUUUUAGCACUCAUGGAGAUGACUUUCAAGCGUCCCGCAACUAAACGCAAUUUGUCAUUCAAAGACAUUGCUGCUAGCACGGGAGCACGGGAAGAUGAAGUUGAAUUGCUAGUAAUGAAGGCAUUGGCACAAGGGCUCUUGAAAGGUACGAUCGACCAGGUUGAUUCUAUUGCCCAUUUCACCUGGGUUCAACCGCGUGUCCUUGAUAAAACACAGCUGUCUUCUAUGAUGACACGAUUGGAGAACUGGUGUAAAGAUAUUGAAUCAGUGGAAACUCUGGUUGAAACUAAAGCAAACGACAUAUUAACCAUGUAAAAUCAGACUGUCCCGUUUUCCAUGAAUAAACCUGUUUGAAAAACGUA